UCUCUCUCUCUCUCUCUCUCCCCCUCCCUCUCCUCAACAGUUCUACAUCAUCUCUCUCUGUUCCUAAACUUCAAAACCCACAAAUCAACCAUGGGCUCAGAGACAUUUCUUGAAGUCAUACUAGCAAUUCUGCUACCUCCUGUUGGUGUCUUCCUUCGCUAUGGCUGUGGAGUUGAGUUUUGGAUCGAUUUGUUGCUGACAUUGUUGGGGUACAUUCCGGGAAUUAUAUAUGCAAUUUAUGUGUUAGUCGGAUAGUAGAUUUCAUUUGAGUAUGUAAUUUAAUGCUUGCAGAUGAAGUUUUUUAAUACUAUGAAAACUAGUCUCUGUUUUAUA